AUGCCACUUUACUCCAAGUUUUUGAAAGAUUUGCUGACCAAGAAGGGCAAAUAUAUCCGCAGUGAUAAUAUUAUGGUGGAGGGAAACUGCAGUGUUGUUAUCCAAAGAAUCCUUCCACCUAAAUACAAGGAUCCAGGGAGUGUCACAAUCCCUUGCUCUAUUGGUGCAGUGUCUGUUGGGAAAGCCCUCAUUGAUUUGGGGGCCAACAUAAAUUUGAUGCCUCUCUCCAUGUGUAGAAGGAUUGGAGAGCUGGAAAUUAUGCCAACAAGAAUGACAUUACAGCUGGCAGAUUGUUCUAUUACAAGGCCUUAUGACGUGGUUGAAGAUGUUUUGGUCAAGGUGCGACAAUUUACCCUCCCCGCAGAUUUCGUGAUCAUGGAUAUUGAAGAGGAUGCUGAAAUCCUGUUGAUUUUGGGUCGUCCCUUCAUGUUAACCGCCAAUUGUGUGGUGGAUAUGGGGAAAGAGAAGCACUCACUUGAUCGGAAUGUUUGUGCUAAGGUGGAUGAAGUUGAGAAUGAGAUGGUUCUGAUGGCUAGAACCAAGAUUGCUCCAGACCCUUGA